AUGCCCGUCCGCAUGUCCAUCCUUAUCCGCAGACUCCCCCACCUCACCCCGGAAGAAUUCCACACCUACUGGUCCACCAGCCACGCCCCCCUCUUCCUCUCCAUCCCCAUCGUCCAGCGCAACUUGACAAAAUACUCUCAAUAUCACCUCGACUCCGCCCUUGCCUCUCAGCUCCGCCAAUCCGGCCUUCCGAUCGCGGAGUACGACGGCUUCGCGGAGUUUUGGGCGGAGAGUUAUGAGGAUGUUUUGGCCGUGUUUCAGGACGAAGAGUAUUCGAGGGUUGUGGUGCCGGAUGAGGUGAAGUUCUUGGACCGCGAGAAGGCGGUUAUGAUGGUUGGGUGGGAGGAGGGGAAGUUUGAGCGCGAGGUGGUUGGAAAGGGUGGAGACAUUUUCGUGGAGGCGGCGAAGGCGGAGGCUUGA